AUGACCUUUCAGAUCUUUUUACUGAUUGCCUUAUCCUUUAAAGUAGUAAGCACCAAUACUCUUCCAACAUAUGGAGAAUGUCUGGACAUAACUAAUCUAGAUGAAAUAUUGCAAGUAUUAAAAGAUCAUAAUUUUGAAGUAGCUCAGUGGAAUAACCUGUGUCUUGAGCUUGGAAUAUACACAACUACUCUGAAUGGCAUAGAGGCUGCUAAUCAGCAUCAUGGUGUGGAUCGUUGUCUUCAAAAAUGUUUGAGCUUUUGGCUGUCGAAAGCUGAUAAAGUGAAACAAAAAGGUGGUCCCACUUGGCACUCAUUGAUAGCUGGACUUAAAAGGAUUGAUCAAAUUGCUACAGCCGAUAAGAUUCAUGAAAUUCACAAAAACAAGCAUCCUGCUUGUAAGAUUCUUGAUCGGUAUAUAUCAGACCCCACUGUUCAAAAUAACUUACUUAGUUUAACAUACCUAUUACAUGCAGAGAAGAUAGUGAAUAGGAAUGUAUGGUCAAGCGAAGAAAUAAAAUUACUACUGAAUCAUGUCCAGAAUGCUGUUUGUCAAAACUAUCAACUUCUUAAAACUUUUGCAGCUAUUCUUCAAAAGUCAGCUACAACUGUGACAGCAGGGAAUGCUAUAAUGAAUGAAUAUAAAAAAGAAUUCACCAAUGAAGUAAAUGAACCUUAUGAAAGAAUGACUGAAGAAAAAGGCAUUCACUUGGACAUUGUGAAUUUUACAGAAGUGAGAAUGGAGUAUGCAACUACCUUUAAUGCUAUAAGUGAAGCUAUUAAGAGUGAUGAUGCUCCUUCCUUAGAAGAGUUACAAACAUUCUUACGACGUGGUUAUGGCUAUUGUAAAUUUCCUUCCCAAUGUGAAAGCAGGAAAGAUAUCUUUGACAUGAUUGCUGAUGAAUGUACAUUAAUCAAUAUCGGUCUCUUGGAAAGUGUUGUGAAUUUUUAUAGAAAUGAGGAAGCUAAACAUAUCAUUGAACAAUACAAGAAGUAUAUUGAUGAUUUUAAUCAAAUGAAACUGCAUCAAUUUCUUGAUAAAAAAUUUUUUGGUGGACCUCUUCUUAAGUCUGAAACAGCUUUAUUUUAUGUUGACAGAAGUAUUAAAGAAAGCACCUUGGAAGAUGUCAGAUUACUAUUGAGAACUGCAUUUACAAAGCGUGACCAAGAUGUUAAAGUAGUUGUUAUCAGAGAAGGCAACUCUUACAUAAUCACAUGCUCAUUUCCUUUGCAUCUAUCAAUGGAACUUAUUUUAUCUGCUACGGAAAAUAUUGAAGAGCUCAAAAAGAAAGGAUUGCAGCAAUUGACUAUUGGCUUUAGUACUGUUUAUGAUGAGGUUUGUGAACCGUGGAAUGAAUUGGAAGUGGACUAUAUGAUAAAAAUGGAAAAAGCUUCAAAAAGCCGCUGUGUAUCAGUACACGAGGAUGCUACAUGUAGAUCUAGUUGUGGUAUGGUCAAACAAAUGGCAAUCUAUAUGAGUGUGAAGCAAUUGAAUGACACUAAUGAUCAUAUUUACAGUGCAAAAAUUUGUACUAAGUCUAUUGAAUCUAGUUCAUCAUCAUGGCUGUUAAUUCUUUUACUAUUGUGCAUCAUUACACUAUAUGUGCUAUUUGAGGCAGUACUCACAGAUCAAAGGAGAGAAGCAAAGAGUACACAGGAGACUCCAGAUAAAACAAAAAAAUCUAAGAAAGAGCUUAAAACUGAAGCUGCUGAUAAAGAAAUGACAAUUGCUAAAUUGACAAAGGAUAAAUUAAAACUAAAGGAAGAGCUGCAGUCACUAAGUGAUUAUUUUUCUGACGAAGAUAAAAUUACAAUGAGAUCAAGUUCAGCGGAUUCUGGAAUUGAUGAUGCCCCACACACUUGGAGGCAUUUUAAACGUGCACCUAAAGAAGUGAUAAUCAUUGGAUCAUUUGGGAAUCAUGAACAAUGGAAGCUACCAGGCACAAUUGUAUCACCAAAGUUAAUUCCUGUUGCAAUUGGUCUAAAAGGAUUGUAUGAAGAUUGGAUUGCAGAGGAGGUUAAAAGCAUAGUUGAAAUUUAUGAAAAAGAUCCAGCAAACUAUGAAUUAAAAGACAUUCCAGAAAAGGGAAAGUCAAGAAAGUUUUAUCUUGAUAGAAUUAUAUCCUUAUUUGAAAACUGUAGGAAGGAUGGAGCGGUCAUAUAUUACACUGGUCAUGGAGAGAAGGACACUGGUAACUGGUGCUUUAAAGAUGGAGUAAUAUCAUUCAAUGACAUCCUUGAAUUAUACAUGACGCAUUUCAGGGGUAAGUCUCUACAGAUUGUGUCUGAUUGCAGUUAUUCUGGGAAAUGGAUACACGACUGUGGCAAAAUACUAGAUAAAUACCGAAUUCUGUCUUGUGGACACAAAACCAGAGAGCAAGGGAUGCUAUUCAAGAUUUUCACAUCAUGCCAACCUCAUGAAGAAGCUACACUACUCACAUACAGCAGAAAAGGAAUAAGAUACAGUGAAGAAGAUAAAGGUGUCCUCAUAAAAUAUGACGAAGAAAUAAAAAUGGAACUAUUUCAAAAAGGACAACACCCAAUGCAUGUUGACUUCAGACACAUCCACUGCUACAAGAUGCCCGGAGACCAGUGUGAAUUGGACUCAACUUGCACUUGGGAGGAUCGUCUUGGCAAAAAAAGAGAGCGAAUUGUACUUCUGGUUGACAAUAAACAUGACAAGUUUCCCAGUUGGUAUUAUUUGCUAAUUUCUGAACUCACCUUUGAUGAAUUCAAAAGUAAGCAGGAUCAGGGAAGCGUUGGAGUUGAAGAAGCAACAAAAUAUGGCAAAGUCUUAUACUCUGGACCAGGACAGAAUCCUCUAAGUCAUGUGAAGAAAAAGCUUAACCUGAGAUUUGAUAUGAACACUUAUGCUUCAUACAAAUACACUGAUCGCUGAUUUUUAUUAGAUUAUUAGUUUCAUGCCAGUUACAAGUUUUAUUUUGAUGGUUAUUGAUUAGUAAUAAACUUUGCACAGUACAA